AUGGCGGACGCUGUCACCGACUCGCGCGUUGAGGCGCCAGUCACCUGGAAGACCUACAUGAUGUGUGCCUUUGCUGCCUUCGGUGGUAUCUUCUUCGGUUAUGAUUCCGGUUACAUCAACGGUGUCAUGGGUAUGGACUACUUCAUCACCGAGUUCGAGGGCCUGGACAAAGCGACUACCGAUCCCGACUCUUUCGUCCUCCCUUCUUCCAAGAAGUCUCUGAUCACCUCCAUCCUGUCCGCUGGUACCUUCUUCGGUGCUCUCCUUGCCGGUGACUUGGCCGAUUGGUUCGGUCGUCGCAUCACCAUCGUCAGCGGCUGUGUCAUCUUCAUCAUCGGUGUCGUUCUCCAGACCGCCUCCACCACCGUGCCUUUGCUCGUUGUUGGUCGUCUGAUCGCCGGUUUCGGUGUCGGUUUCGUCUCCGCCAUCAUCAUCCUGUACAUGUCCGAGAUCGCCCCCCGCAAGGUCCGUGGUGCCAUCGUCUCCGGCUACCAGUUCUGCAUCACCAUCGGUCUGAUGCUGGCCUCCUGCGUCGACUAUGGCACCCAGAACCGCACCGACUCCGGCUCCUACCGUAUCCCCAUCGGUAUCCAGAUCGCCUGGGCCCUGAUCCUCGGUGGUGGUCUGCUCAUGCUCCCCGAGUCGCCCCGUUGGUUCGUCAAGAAGGGUAAUCUCACCGGCGCUGCCGUCGCCCUCGCCCGUGUCCGUGGCCAGCCCCGCGACUCCGAGUACAUCCGCACCGAGCUGGCCGAGAUUGUCGCCAACCACGAGUAUGAGAUGCAGGCCAUCCCCCAAACCGGCUACUUUGGCAGCUGGAUCAACUGCUUCCGCGGCAACAUCUUCCACCCCAACAGCAACAUCCGCCGGACCAUCCUGGGUACUUCUCUGCAGAUGAUGCAACAGUGGACUGGUGUCAACUUCGUCUUCUACUUCGGUACCACCUUCUUCAAGAGUCUGGGCACCAUCAGCGACCCCUUCCUGAUCAGCAUGAUCACCACCAUCGUCAACGUCUGCUCCACUCCCAUCUCCUUCUACACUAUGGAGAAGCUUGGUCGUCGUACCCUGCUCCUGUGGGGUGCUCUGGGCAUGGUUAUCUGCCAGUUCAUCGUGGCCAUCAUCGGUACCGUUGACGGCGGCAACAAGAGCGCCGUCAGCGCCGAGAUCUCCUUCAUCUGUAUCUACAUCUUCUUCUUCGCCAGCACCUGGGGUCCCGGUGCCUGGGUCGUUAUCGGCGAGAUCUACCCUCUGCCCAUCCGAUCCCGUGGUGUUGCUCUGUCUACCGCCUCCAACUGGCUCUGGAACUGCAUCAUCGCUGUCAUCACCCCCUACAUGGUUGACAAGGACAAGGGUGACCUCAAGGCCAAGGUCUUCUUCAUCUGGGGUUCCCUUUGCGCCUGCGCCUUCGUCUACACCUACUUCAUCGUGCCUGAGACCAAGGGUCUGACCCUGGAGCAGGUUGACAAGAUGAUGGAGGAGACCACUCCCCGUACCUCUGCCAAGUGGAAGCCCCACGGCACCUUCGCUGCUGAGAUGGGUCUCACUGACAAGGAUAUGGCCGAGAAGACCGGCGAGGUUGUGCACCAGGAGGUUUAA